GAGAUGUAUCCGCCAUCUAAAAAUCCAGCCUCUAGACUAUGUUCCCCUGAAACGUCCAGUAGUGCACCUCUGAUUCCUCGCUUGUGGAUGAAGACAACAAUCUCCCUUUGCAUUGGUUGUCGUGGUCAAGUGGAGGCUGCCGUAAAGAGUUAUAGACAAGCAUUGCUUCUUUGACCAGAUUUUCCCGAUGCAACUUGUAACCUUCUACACACACUGCAGUGUGUCUGUAGCUGGGAAGAGUGGGAUUUGAUGUUCAAUGAAGUUGAAGGGAUUAUACGGAGGCAGAUCAAUUCCUCUGUUCUUCUAGUGUACAACC